CAUCAACAAUCACUAGUAAUAAUUACCCUCUUAUAAUUACCCAAAGGAGAUGACGCAUCACAACAACAUCUUGUUAGUGGCACUUGUACUCUUAUCCGCACUCGCCCAUGUCCGUCGACGCCAACCCUUGGGAUCCCAGAAAGAAGAAAACAACGGUGGUGGUGGAGAACGACAUCGAGGGACGGGAACUCGCGGUCCAUUGCAAGUCCAGGCACGACGAUCUACACCUCCGCAGGCUGCAACCGCACCAGUUCUUCGAGACGACCCUGUUCUACUGCUCCUUCGAUUGGGGAGAGGGCGUUCGUUGGUUCGACAUCUACAUUCGGGACAGGGAUUACCACAUCUGCAAGUACUGUCGCUGGCUCGUGAGGAGGGACGCGGUGUGCCUGACCAGUGACACAAAUCAGGCUUGUUACUACUAUAAGAGGAGGUAGGGCGUUGAGCCUUACCAACCACAUUUUUGCUGGUAAGGUCUUUUUCAUAGGUUGACCUUAGGUAAUAAAAAACGAGAAUGGGU